AUUUUAAGAUAUAGAAUGUUUGGAUUUAGCUCUCUCUGCCUCCGACUGGUUGGUAUUUCCAAAGCCUCCCGCGCCGCGCGGCUGGGGAGGGGGCGGAGUAGACCAGUAACCAUGGAAACGAUGGGUUCGGAGGUGGUUACCAAUCCCAAGGCGAUUGCUGAGAUCUACAAAGAAUUGAGCAAGUUCCCAUCUCUGUCAGAAGCUAGCAUUGGACCAGAGGUCAUUUCCCAGUAUGGUGGCAAAUACUGCAACAUCUAUACAGAAUGGUCUCAGCGUGAUUUGGAACGAGCAGAGCGGGUGAAAUUCUGCCGACAGUAUAUUAUGUUCUAUGAUGAUGAUUCCAUAGUUUAUACAGGUCCUUCUGGAAGCUGUACAGAGCUACAAGGCGAACUGUUGAGCAGAGACUCGCCGUCUGGAUGCUUAAAGGCUGUUCUUCGAGAACACACAAACAAAAAAGGAGAAGAAAAACAAUUUCUGGAGAUCUGGAAUAAAAACUCCAAGGAGAAGAGCAUAAACCUGACUGCACUUGACAAGCAUGGCAAGGUGUAUGAAGAUGAUCAAUUUGGUUGUCUUGUGUGGUCUCACUCUGAGACUCACAUCCUGUACAUUGCUGAAAAGAAAAGACCCAAAACAGAAUCCUUUUUCCAAACUAAGCCACAAAUUGAUAUGACUGAAGAGGAUGAAGACAGCAUCAAACCCGAAAAGCAAGAGAAGCCUGUGAAAGGAGAUGACUUUGUGUACUGGGAGGACUGGGGAGAAGCUCUGGUGAAAAAGUCCACACCUGUGCUGUGCGUCCUGGAUAUUGAAAGUAGCAACAUCUCUGUUCUGGAAGGCAUACCUGACCACAUUUCACCUGGGCAGGCUUUUUGGGCUCCCAGUGACACUGGCAUCAUAUUUGUCGGAUGGGAUCAUGAACCUCAACGCUUGGGACGCAUGUACUGCACUAAUAGAAAGUCUGGACUGUACUAUGUAGAUCUGACUGGUGGCAACUGUGAGCAACUUUCAUCUCAAACAAACUCUGUUCGGUCUCCACGACUUAGUCCUGACAAAUGUCGAAUUGUCUACUUUGAAAGUGAUGCAGGGGGUCCCCACCACCAGUGUAGCAGACUUUGCAUGUACGACUGGUACACAAAAAUUACCUCCACUGUGGUGGAUAUUGUGAAUCGGCCAGACGAAGAUGGUUUUACUGGCAUCUACUCUUCAGCGCUGGCACAGAAUUGUUGGGCUAUGGACAGUCAGCGGGUUCUCAUUGAUACACCGCAAAGAAGCAGAAAGGAACUCCUCGUGAUAAAUAUUACAACAAGAAAUGUGACAUCACUUACUGGUGGUUCAGACAGUGGAAGCUGGACGCUGUUGACAGUUCACCAGGAUCGGAUGGUGGUCACAUGCUCAUCCCCUAACUGUCCACCCAGUUUGAAAGUGGGUUUUCUGCCUGCUGCAGGCAAAGAACAAAGUGUUACUUGGGUGGCGCUUGAUGAAGCUGAACCAUUGCCAGGCAUAGAUUGGAAAAUUCUGACAUUUACUCCUCCAGUUGAACAAGAGAAUCCUAAAUUCCCUGCAUUGGAUUUUGAAGGCAUCCUUUUGAUGCCUGAUGAAAGAAAGGAAGGCUCUCCACCUCCAGUUAUUGUCUGGCCACAUGGUGGACCGCAUUCAGUUUUAUCAGCGGAAUGGAUGUUAUACCCUGUCACUCUUUGCAGACUAGGAUUUGCAGUUUUACUGAUAAACUACAGAGGGUCCUCUGGCUUUGGACAGGAUAGUAUCUUCUCUCUGCCUGGGAAUGUAGGAAGCCAAGAUGUGAAAGAUGUGCAGUUUGCAGCAGAAUUUGUACUGAAGGAAAAGUUUGCUGAUACCUCAAAGGUUUUCGUCAUGGGUGGCUCACAUGGAGGUUUUCUUGCUAGCCACCUGGUUGGGCAGUACCCUGAAUUCUAUAAGGCCUGUGUAGCUAGGAAUCCUGUCAUUAACAUUGCUUCCAUGCUAGGAACGACAGAUAUUCCAGACUGGUGUACAGUGGAAGCUGGUUUUGAAUACAGUGCUGAUCAGCUCCCAACUCCAGUAUUGUUGGAAGCGAUGUUGAGCAAAUCACCAAUUGUAUAUUCUUCUCAAGUAAAAUCAGCGGUGUUGAUCUUGCUAGGUGAGAAAGACAAACGUGUUCAUCCCAGUCAAGGCCUUGAGUUCUAUCGGGCAUUGAAAGCCAGAGAGGUUCCUGUAAGAUUAUUAUGGUACCCUGACAACAACCACUCAUUGUCUAAAGUUGAUGCAGAGGCUGAUGGAUUCAUGAAUAUUACACUGUGGUUUGUAAAGCAUCUCUGAACCUGAUUCUUCAUUGAAGAGAUAGUCAUUUAUCUUGGUGCAUGAUAAAUUGCUGGAGCUGUCAUUGUUGCUGUGGUGCAGUUCAUGAGGUCUGAAACCCAGAUGGUUAUCUUAGGGAUGUCUUUCAUAUGUUAUUCUGGGGCUCUUUGUAGCCAUUGUAUGAAAAUGUUUCACAUUGAAUUACAUUAGACUGCCAAAAAUUUCAUGAAUUCGGAGUAAUCAUUACCUUUGCUUAGAGGCAGGAUUUGGUGGCACAUAAAUCAUUUGUUCAGUAGACUGCCAUUGAUUAUUUAAAUUAUUUGUGCCAUAUUUGUAAUAGCAAAGCCUUUCUGCACUAUAUUUUAUUAUAUAAUAUAACCAAAACAUGCUAAAUUAUUUUCUGGUCAAGUUCCAGAAACAUAAUGCAGUUUCAUUUAGUUUUGGGCACUGUUUUGUGUAUUAUUAGUAGCAAUGUACCAAGAAAUUCAUUUCCCUGGUGCAAAAUAUUGAAAAUGUUCCAUCUUUUAGUUUUUAAGUCUACAAACAAUAUAAAGAACAUUAAAAAAAACUGAUAACUUGGUCUUGUAACUACAAUACUCUAAAAUAGACUUCUAAUUUUAUGACUGAAGCACUUGAAAUCGUGGUGCUCAUUGACAGUCCCUUGUAGUUUGUUACUUUUGAGUACACUUCACAGGGGUGUCAUCACAUUCCUUUCAAAGUCUGCUAUUGCAUUGCCAUCUGUUUUACAGACCAAAUCUCACUAGACUGGGAAACACAGCUCCUCAAAAAUAAAAUACAUUAUUUUUGGUACUGAACAGGUGAAGUCUUUGUAUGCCUGCACACUGCAUUGACCUAUAUGCAUUGCUGUUCACAGGUUUCUUAACUUACAUUGAAAGAAAAUUAUUUAUUUAGUUGUUUCUAAUUUUGCAGAAAUAAUAACUGAUAGAUUUCCAUUUUUACAGCUGUAAUCCAGUUGGAGGGUUCAAAUAGAAUUCAUGAACUACUUGAGUUCAACUAGUUUAUAUCAUCAACAUUUAGCUAUGGAAUUCCUACCAGCAAACCACUAAUGUUUGCAGAAAAGAAUAAUGUUGUAAUUUGCUUUAAAUCUAAGCCUAAAUUCUUAUCAUGUGAUAGAUUAACUGGAUUAAUAAUGCUUUCCAAGGACUUUCACAGCCUCUUCAGUGGGUUCUGCCUGGAGUGUCUUCCCACACCAAAAAUAAUUGAUGGAAAAAAAAUUGGUGCAGAAAUGUGCCUUGACAACUUCUUUGACACAUGACUGUUCCUGUUAGGAUUAUGGAGAUCUCCUUGUAAAUGAUAUCCAUAAAUGGGAAAAUUUAUACCCAUUGUUCUGUACUGACUAGUCAUUCCUCUUGCCAUCUCAAAGUGCUCCAGUAGGAGCUGAUAAAGUUUUAUGAGAGUUAUUCUGUAAUAAUUCUCCUGUCACACUAAAGGGAAAAACUUCCAUUAUAUUCCAAAGUCCUAAAAAAUGGCUGGAGAAGAAAAGACUAUUGAAAUCUUGGACUAUCUGUAUAAAGCGGUGGCUGAAGAGGUGCUUCCUUUGCAAUUAGUAACAAGAUUUUGGAAUAACAAUGUCUGCAUUCAAUUAAAAUCAGUUUUUUAAUAAAAGCAAGAAAAUUA